UGUCCUCUCUGAUGACAGAGAUGUCCAGCUAUUGGCCGAGACCAGGAGGGCACGUCAUCUCCAUCAAUCAGGGACUGCUGGUUCUCCUCUGAGGAAUGUCCCCGCGCUCGUGCAGCCGCCUGACCACGCGUUACUGGAUGCACGAGAGGCCGGGCAUGAGGCGAGACCCCGUCCAAUGAUUAUGCGGGAGGGGAGAGGUGAUAAUGACUUCCUAUCAAGAGUUAACGGCCGAAGGGGAGAGUAGUAGCCCUCUGUUCACGGGCUGCUGCCAAGCCAAAGAGGUCAUAAACCUGGACCCGGACUGCACGGCUCAUCCUGAACUCUGCAGCCGUGACGAAGGGGGGGAAGUUGCUUCAAGAUUUAACUCUCCGCAGCCCCGGUACUUAACUCUCUCCAACAGUUUGACUCUGUGCUCCUCUUUGGACAGCCCUCCUCCUCCUCUUCCACUCCACUGUGAGACUCUCGAGGGCUUCUCGGCACCGGCCUGCCCCCACUCGUCCCUUGUCCCCUGGCGGCGCAGGGCGCAGGGGCAGGACUCUCCAGGGCGCGGAUGUUACGCGUCGAGUAACGGCGAAACGGGACAAAGAGGGUUCGGGUCACGCACAGAGCAAACUCAAAUCUACUCCCUAAACGGUCCAGAGAUUCACGUCGACGUGGAGAGUUGCACGACUGUGGACUGUAACGUAGCUGCUGUGGAUGUAAACAGAAAAACUUUUGAGUGGAUGAGAGUGAAGAGGAGUCAGCACCGGGCGGCCAGGAUGCACAUGACCUGUGGGUUCAGCAUUGAUGGCCCGGGCCUCGGUGCUGCGCAUUUUGGAAACGGCACCCUCUGCUCGGAUGUCCAUCCCGCGCUGAACGGCACCCCGAGGACCAGCUUCAGCACCAGGCAGCUGACCGAGCUGGAGAAGGAGUUCCACUUCAACAAGUACCUGACGCGGGCCAGGCGCGUGGAGGUCGCCGGAGCCCUGCAGCUGAGCGAGACGCAGGUGAAAGUUUGGUUUCAGAACAGACGCAUGAAGCAGAAGAAAUUACAGAGAGACGGGCUGAUCUCAGAGCCGGGGCCCGCGGCUGCUGCUGCUGCUGCGCUCUCUCACACCGCGGACACCUGCCUCUCUCCUGGACCGACCUCUCCCAAACACCUGCCCCUGAACUCGUGAGCCCUGCUGCAGAUGUUUUGAUUCCAGUUUGCAUCGUUUUCAAUCAGGCUUCACCUUUAUUUGCUUACCACGAUGGAUGGAUGCUUAUCGCGAGAGGCGAGAUGGCAAGUUUCUUCAUGCUAGAACGGGUCACAACAAUUUGUCAUCGUGCCCGGCUUCAGACUGGCGCUCUGAUUUGAAUAUUAAAAUCAAGUCAUCCCAUCGCGCGCCACAUCCACACAAUGUAAACGAAGAAACAUAAUAUUAAUUGUCCACAGAAACGGUGGCGACUUGUUUAUUUAUUUUCUACAGUUUAUACAGGAAGUGACUUUACUUAAAUAUAUUUAUUUUGAAGGGCGCUGCUUCCUGCUUUAUAUUUAAAAUGACAGAUAAAUUAUUUUUAUUUAUCCAAGUACUACUUUUUAUCUUAUUUAUUUUAAGGGCAUUUCAAUAACUUUUUUUCAGCUUGUUUUUCAUCAUAUUUCCUUGUCAGCUUCAGUUAAUUCAAAAAUUAAUGAUUUAGUUUUCUAUUUUUCUUCCUUAUUUAAAAAAAUACUUUGCGUAUUAUUAAAGUUCCCACAUGAAAAAUGCUUCAUAUGUUUUACAAGUUAAUUGAAAAUUAAGGCUUAUUUAGCAGAGCUCCAAAGGGCUUUUAUUUUGUAGCCUACUUUUCCUUCAUUAUCCUCACCCCCCCCCCCCCCCAAAAAGAUUAAAAUGCCAUAAUUGACUGAUAGAUUUAUCGACCUUUCGUAUUAGAAGUAUUGAUCCGUGGUGAUCCAUCCAUUUGAGGCACAAAACUGGGAGCGCUUGCAUGCAUGUGUAACUGCACGUUAAUGGAAUGUAGAAACGUCACGAUAGGGAGCUGUUGCGUCUUUUAUUACCGCGAUACAUGCAUCAGAAAAUGAUCAUUUAAGCCUGAACACUCAUGCGGGAGGGCAGACAAUAAAACGCUGUCUGUGCUGUUUUGCACAUCAACCAAUAAAUUGCGCGCGUGGCCCCAGCAGUUCGUGCAGCACAUUGAAAUCUCAGCCUCAUAUAAAGUAAAUGAUUGUAAACCCGGCCCUUAAACACUGUUAUGUUCCCGGUAUGGCAGUGUGUUUCCGUCCUGUUAAUGUCUCUUCCAAUAUCUAGAAACGAGCCGUCACACACGUUAGUUCUAGGGGAAUAUUGUUGUUUAGCUUUCAAUUAGUGCUGUUUGCACUAAUACUAUUUCCUAAAGGGAUAUUAAUGACAACAAAGGAUUUACCAUGAAGCAGCUGGGAAUUUAAAAAAUAAAAAGCUACAAACAAAAUGAAUUAAUUAGGUCCCUUUUAAAUCUUUAACAGGUGUCCUCCUGCACAUAAAACACUGCUAAUAAAAUAAUAAUUAGACAGUUGCACCUCUGGACAUGCAGGCUGCAGGGCAAAGCUAAUAUAUGCACUUAAACCAGAGUUCACCCCUCACCUCUUGACCCUUGUCUUGCCUGGAGACACCAAUGACCCGGUCAGCGGCUCACAGGGAGAAAGAUGCACCAUUCAUUUGUAUGACCUCCAAAUCUGCAGCUUUUUCUCUUCCUUUUUUCUUUCUCUCAUUUUCCUUUUUGCAUUAAGAACUCUGGACGCUUUUGUUCCUCUUCCUGGCUCUCUAUGUCCGCACAAUAAUAUUUCAUGGAGCUGAACAGAGAGGCGACCAGGCCAUAUGAUAAUUGUUCAUAUUAUAAUUCCAUACCAGAGCUGCAUAAUGCUUUUUUUUCCUAGAGCUAACCUAAUUCUUGCCCUAUCUCUUAUUUUAAUAAGCCAAAAACUGUGCUACAAGCUCACUUGAUAAACUGGACGAAAGAGUCUUUUCACACAAUAGGUUUUUUGGAAAUAAACUGCAGCCCUAUUUUUAAUAGCAAAGUUGAAAAAUUAAAGUUACUGGUGCAUACUUAACACUUAAUAUGAUUCCAUGCCAGCAAAACAAAUUUUAGAGCAGUUAUCCAUUAUAUGCCCGAUGCUUAGAAAUUUCUUGCAUAUUCAAGUCAUUUUUAAAGAAAUUCAAACAUUAAUCCUCUUAAAACAAUAAAUUUUAAACGGUGUCUCAUUAAUAUUAACAGAAAGCUAAAAAAGUGGAAAACUGCAGCUCUGCAGAGGCGUCUCUCAGAGUGUAAACAUUUCAAAGUUUUUUUAGUAAUUGAUACAAAUGAUUUUACAUGCGAGCCAGACUAAAAACUGUGUCUAGCCCAAUUUAUUUUAAAUUUGCAUUUAAACAAAUGACAUCCCAUUAAGGCCGGCUCUCUCUAAACAAAAUAGUACAAAGUGGAAUGUUUAACAAAACCAUUGAAUGUGUCCUUGUUUUUAAUGCAAAUAAGAGUGCGCUUGUGAAGGUUAUGAGGAUGAGGAGGAGGAGGACAAUGAUGAUGAAAUGUGAUGACAAGCCUGCAAGUCUAAAAACGGUUUCCCAUGUCCACUGUUCCUCCUGAGAAGUGUAUUACUUUGGCCUUAUUACAGACUCUUUUAUCAUGUUUUUGCAAAUGUGUUCCCUUAUUAUGGGAUGAGAUGUUACAGGUUGUAGCGUUGGAUGUCUGCACUUUGUUAAAAAAAAAAAAAGAAGCAAACUUUAUCAUUUUUGAUACUGUGUAAUAGAUUCACUUAAAAAUACACACUGAUUUAAAAUAGUUGCAGUAAAAUGUGCAGAGAGGAAAAAGCCUUCAUGUGAAUUAUAGGGAUGAGUUGAAGGUGAAAGAAGAGUUGAUUUAUAUUGGGUGAACUAUCACUUUAAUUUCAUCCCGUGGCAGCUUCAGCAUUUGCCUCUCAAUUGAUGGAAGGCGAAACUGCAUUGUUUGUUCAGACCUGACAUUUAGCUCCAAAGCAUUUGAGUGUGACUCUACUCUGAUGAAUUUGUGCUCUUCUGUAAUUCCUUCCUGAAGAUGUACGGUUUGUUCACAAGACUGACAGCUGUGCUGCACUUAUACAUAUAAGCUGAAUGAAAGGGAAAUGAAACCAAAAUAACUCAUUGAACAAGUUGUCUUCGCCUAUAUUUUUCCUUUUCUUUACAGCAAUAAUUUCUCAUAAGGAAAUGUAUUAUAAAAUCUGCUUUAGCUCACUUUUUAAUCAAUAAGAAACAUUUUUAUGACAAAGCUAAAAAAAGCCUCAGAAUAAUUUGUAAAAGUGAAAUUACCUGCCUCAUUUUUUCAAGUUAAACCAGCUAGAAUUGGGAUGUCAAACUAAAAGCUGUGAUGUAUUAGUUGUUGAUAAAUGAGCAUAUUGACA